UUUGAAUAGAGCUGCAGCGAUCCAUUGUUGUGCUUCAGGUUGUAUGGCCAGAGGCUGCAGCAGCCUUCAGUGUUCGGCGUACGUGUCUAGCUAGCAUACGUAUAAUUUGUGAUAUGAUUUUGAGUUGAUGAAGGUUGUUGCUUGGCUGAUGGUGGACUUCGGCAUAAAAUUGUUAAUGCUUAAAUAUUUUGUACAUUUCGAUUUUCAAAUUUUAAACAUAUUACUAUUUUCCAUGCUGUUUGAAUUUGCGCAAUGGUUUGUGUGCUCAUUCCACACCCACAAUCGACGACAUUUCGUUUCAACGCGAUCACAAUCAAUAUCCGUCCCCGCCAACUGCUAUCACCCAUGCAGCGCUGCGUAUCAUUGUCACACUGGCCCCAACUUACCUAGCCUAUGUGGCCUUAGAACUCGAAAAGUGUGGCAAGAAGAGCAACAUGAAUAAGGAGCAAUAUAAAUUAAUUAAGUAUUAUGAUCGUCUAUCACAAAUACCAAUGAUAAAUCCUUUAUCGAGCUGUACCAGCGAACAUGAAUUGUAUGCUACCAGUGGACGCAAGAUGAAGCAGAGGCCGCCGCAGAUGUCGCGAAAUACAAUUGAUUGCGAGUCAAAUGUUUUGGUUAAAUCCGCAAAUGCUUCCACAAAAUCUGUUGCCACUUCGACCACAAAAUUAACAUCGUUUAAUGUAGAGAGUUUUAACGUCAAGCAAGAACCAUCUGUGAUUCGGCCAUCGGGUUCUGUGGUGCGUCCAUCGGGUUCUGCGGUGCGUCCAUCGGUCACCUUUGCAAAUGCGAUGAAUGCGCUUGGAAAUAUCAAAUUAGCUACACCAGCCGAGGAUUCGCAGUGAUCUAUGUACAUAUCGUCACCUGAAAUUCAAACAGACGCAACAAACAUCAUCGCUGAAGUGCAAAAAGUCAUAACUAAUAAAAAAUUCAAAAUUCACUUUUUGAUUUAUAUAAUGGAUUUCAUCGAAUUACUCCCA